UUCGCCGGUUGCCUGGAGACCCGCAACAACAAAAGGCGCGGGCGGCGGCGGCGCGGCGGAGCGAAGUGAAGCCGAGGAGUCCUGCGCUGCGCUCGCCGCCGGAGACGGGCUUUCUCGAACCGGGGUCCAGAUCUUACGUAAGAUGGAUGUUUCUCACACUAGAUACUGAAUGUUAAGUAGAAAAUCUAUUUAGUAAAAUCUGAGCUGCCAUGGAAGAAAUACCAGUAAAAGUUGCUGUAAGAAUUAGACCUCUGCUGUGCAAAGAAAUUCUUCAUAAUCAUCAAGCUUGUGUGAGAGUUAUUCCAAAUACCCAACAAAUUAUCAUUGGGAGAGAUAGAGUCUUCACUUUUGAUUUUGUUUUUGGCAAAAAUUCCACUCAAGAUGAAGUUUAUAAUACCUGUAUAAAGCCACUAGUGUUGUCACUUAUUGAGGGCUAUAAUGCAACUGUUUUUGCCUAUGGACAAACUGGAUCUGGGAAGACAUACACCAUUGGAGGAGGCCAUGUUGCUUCAGUUGCGGAGGGUCAAAAAGGUAUCAUUCCUCGUGCUAUCCAAGAAAUAUUUCAAAACAUCUCUGAAAAACCUAGCAUUGACUUUAAGAUAAAAGUGUCUUAUAUAGAAGUAUACAAGGAAGACCUAAGAGAUCUUCUAGAAUUGGAGACAUCUAUGAAGGAUCUUCACAUCCGAGAAGAUGAAAAGGGAAACACAGUGAUUGUUGGGGCCAAGGAAUGCCAGGUGGAGAGUACAGAUGAAGUGAUGAGCCUCCUGGAGAUGGGGAACGCAGCCAGGCAUACGAGUACCACCCAAAUGAACGAGCACUCCAGUAGAUCACACGCAAUUUUCACAAUCAGCCUUUGCCAAGUGGAGAAAAAUAGAGAGGCAGCUGAAGAUGGAUCGUGGUAUUCCCGUCGGCAUGUUGUCUCAAAGUUCCACUUUGUGGAUUUGGCUGGAUCAGAAAGAGUAACCAAAACGGGGAAUACUGGUGAACGAUUCAAAGAAUCCAUUCAAAUCAACAGUGGGUUGCUGGCUUUAGGAAAUGUAAUAAGUGCUCUUGGGGACCCACGCAGGAAGAGUUCACAUAUUCCAUAUAGGGAUGCUAAAAUUACCCGGCUUCUGAAAGAUUCCCUGGGAGGCAGUGCCAAGACAGUCAUGAUCACUUGUGUCAGCCCAUCCUCCUCGGAUUUUGACGAGUCCUUAAAUUCUCUCAAAUAUGCCAACAGAGCACGCAACAUUAGAAACAAACCCACCUUAAACUUCAGCCCUGAGUCAGAUCGUAUGGAUGAAAUGGAAUUUGAGAUUAAGUUGCUUCGAGAAGCUUUGCAAAGCCAGCAGGCUAGUAGCAGCCAAACUAGCCAGAUCCAUCGGGAGGGGACUCCUGAUAAAAAUAGGAUCCAUUCUCUUGAGGAGCAAGUUGCUCAGCUACAAGGAGAAUGUCUGGGUUACCAAAAUUGUUUAGAGGAAGCCUUUACCUUCCUGGUGAACUUAAAAGAUUCUGUCAGACUAAACCAAAAGCAGCAACACAAACUGCAGGAGUGGUUUGACAUGACCCAGGGGGUCAGCUCACUCAGAGGACACCGAGGCAUUGGAAACCUGGAAGAAGGACCACAGCAUAUUACAGUUCUCCAGCUGAAGCGAGAGCUUAAGAAAUGCCAGUGUGCUCUUGCUGCUGAUGAAGUAGUAUUUAAUCAGAAGGACCUGGAGGUGAAGGAACUAAAGAAUCAAAUGCAAAUGAUGGUGCAGGAAAACAAAGGACAUGUUGUAUCUUUGAAAGAAGCGCAAAAAAUGAAUAGGUUGCAGAAUGAAAAAAUAAUAGAACAACAACUUCUUGUGGAUCAACUGAGUGAAGAACUAACAAAACUUAACCUGUCAAUGACUUCUUCAGUAAAGGAAACUUGUGGAGAUGGGCCAGAUGCCACGAUACCUGAAAAGAGACCAUAUACUGUACCGUUUGAUACUCGUUGGGGGCAUUAUAUUUAUAUUCCAGCAAGAUCAGACUCCAGGAAGGUCUACACAAGUGCUUCUGUAUACUCUCUGGACCGACUAGUUGCCGGAUUUCGAACACGAAGUCAGAUGCUGCUAGGUCACUUAGAAGAACAGGAUGAAGUCCUCCACUGCCAAUUUUCUGAUAACAGUGAUGAUGAAGAGUCAGAAGGCCAAGAGAAAUCUGAAAUUAGACAUAGAGGUCGCUCCUGGAUUCAAAAGCCAGGCUCAGUUUGUUCUCUUGUUGAACUGAAUGAUAUUCAGGAUCAAACACAAAAGCCAAGAUUGGAGAAUGAAGAUUUAAAGAUUGAAUGUCUCCAGGAGAGUCAAGAGUUGAAUUUGCAAAAAUUAAGGAAUUCAGAACUUAUACUUACUGAAGCUAAACAAAAACUGAGAGAACUUACUAUUAACAUCAAGAUGAAGGAAGAUCUGAUUAAGGAAUUAAUUAAAACAGGUAAUGAUGCCAAGUCUGUAAGCAAACAGUAUUCUCUGAAAGUAACAAAACUUGAGCAUGAAGCAGAGCAGGCAAAGGUGGAAUUGACUGAAACGCAAAAGCAGCUAGAGGAACUGGAAAACAAACAUCUUUCUGAUGUUGCUUUGAAAGUAAAAUUACAGAAGGAAUUCCGUAAAAAGAUGGAUGCCGCGAAGCUGAGAGUCCAGGUCUUACAGAAGAAGCAACAAAAUAGUAAGAAAUUGGCAUCACUGUCGAUCCAGAAUGAGAAACGUGCUAAUGAACUAGAGCAGAAUGUAGAUCACAUGAAAUAUCAAAAGGUACAGCUGCAAAAAAGACUUCGAGAAGAGAACGAAAAAAGGAAGCAACUGGAUGCAGAAAUUAAGCGGGAUCAACAAAAAAUCAAAGAACUACAGUUAAAAACAGAACAGGAAGAAGGUCUAAAACUGGAAGCUGAGGACCUUGAUGCAUUUAAGAUGAAAAGGAGAAAAGGUUCGUUUGGAAGUAUAGACCAACUCCAGAAAUUGGAUGAGCAAAAGAAAUGGUUAGAUGAAGAAGUAGAGAAAGUUCUGAACCAACGCCAAGAAUUAGGGGAGCUGGAAGAAGACUUAAAGAAACGGGAGGCCAUAGUUUGUAAGAAGGAGGCCCUGUUACAGGAGAAGAGCCAUCUGGAAAAUAAGAAGUUGCGAUCUAGUCAGGCUUUAAAUACAGAUAGUUUGAAAAUAUCAACUCGCCUGAACUUGUUGGACCAGGAGUUGUCCGAAAAGAAUGUGCAGCUCCAGAGCAGCGCAGCUGAGGAGAAAAUAAGGAUUUCAGAACAAGUUCAAGCCCUCCAGAAAGAAAAAGAUCAGCUACAGAGACGAAGAAACAGCGUGGAUGAGAAACUUAGAAAUGGUAGUGUGUUAUCACCUGAAGAAGAACAUGUUCUUUUCCAACUUGAAGAAGGGAUUGAAGCUUUGGAAGCUGCAAUUGAAUACAAGAACGAAAUUAUCCAGAGUCGCCAGAACUCGCUCAGAGCUUCAUUUCAAAACCUCUCUCGUAGUGAAGCAAAUGUCUUAGGAAAACUAAUUUGCCUGAGUCCUGUUGAAAUUAGAGCUAUUCUUUUCAGAUAUUUUAAUAAGGUGGUUAAUUUGCGAGAAGCUGAACGGAAACUACAGUUACAGAAUGAAGAAGUUAAAAUGAAAGUUCUGGAACGGGAUAAUGUGGUUCGUGAGUUGGAAUCUGCACUGGAACAUCUGAAAUUGCAGUGUGACCGGAGACUAACCCUCCAGCAAAAGGAACACGAGCAAAAAAUGCAGCUGCUGUUACAUCAUUUCAAAGAGCAAAAUGGGGAAGGCAUUGUGGAAACUUUAAAAAAUUAUGAAGAUAAAAUCCAGCAGCUGGAAAGAGAUCUUUAUUUCUAUAAGAAAACCAGCAGAGAUCUUAAGAAGAAACUUAAGGAACUGGUAGGGGAAGCAAUUCGGCGGCAACUAGUACCAUCAGAAAAUCAUGAUGCUGGAGAUGGAGUCCAGAACCCAGAAGACACAGGCAUGGUUUCAGACGAAUUAAAAUGGGCAUCCAGAACUGAAAGUAUGAAAUUAAGUGGAAGGGAAAGACAAUCAGACAGUUCCACAAGCAGUUUAAGAACACAGCCAAAUUCUCAGAAGCUCUGGGAAGAUGGCCCAGAAUUUCCUCCAAUUUGUAGCUCUUUAGCACCCACUAGUGGGUAUUUGUUAAGCAAUGAGGACAAAGCAGAAAUAGAUGAAAAUCAGUUUACAGAAUCUCACAGUCGGCCAACACCCCAAAUUCAGCCAGUAGGAAAUGUGGGACAGUUGCAUGGUGUCACGCCUGUAAAGUUGUGUCGCAAAGAGUUACGUCAAAUUUCUGCCUUGGAACUAUCGUUACGACGUUCCAGUCUUGGAGUUGGGGUUGGAUCUAUGACUGCUGAUUCCAUUGAAGUAGCUAGGAAAACGAGUGACUUAAAAACUUAGGCAUGUUAAUAAGAAAAUUUUUAAUUUAGUAAAUGUGUAAGAUUCCUUUUUUCUAACCUGUUAAAAAUUGAAGCUUAAGAUCACUAGCUCCUCCCUCAGCAUAAAAGAAGAAGGGGAGGAAGGAAUCCCUAUUGCUUUUGUAUACCAUGGAUGUGUAUAUCUUCUAUAGUAUAUUUGAGGAGUUUUAAUUUGUAUUUCCAUAAUAACCAAACACGUUUUACAAUACUAUCAAGUAAUGGAACAUUUAAAUAUUUCCACAUAUAAAUUUGCUUAAAAUUUUUUCCAGGUAUAUUUGAAGAACAAAAUUAAGAGUAGGAUAAUAAACUAAAAUAUCCAUCAAAUGUAUAUUAUUAUAUAAAAGUGUAUUAUGAAGUAUAUUAUUAUUAUUAUACAAGUAUGUUAAAAUAUAGUAAUUAUAAUAUCAUAAAUUUAUACUGUUAUUCACAAAUAUAAGUAUAUUUUGUUAUUUUUUUAAAAAACGGUUAAAUAUUGUUUGUAUCAGAGGGAGAGUCACCUGCUCCGUAUGUUUUGGCACAGCUGAAAAUUUGUGCCACAAUGCACUCUAUGGGCUAAUAAGGCAACUGGAUAGGUUUAGGGAUUAAGGUUAAUUUAUGGUCCUCAGCGGUUGAGUGAUCAGUCUUGACUUUUUAAACAUGGUCUCUGCUCUUUUUCUGGAAUUGUUUUUAGAGUAUUAUAUUAUUGGUUUGUUAAUAGUAUGGAAUAUAGGUUUUCAUCUCUCUCCUGCUCUGUCUAUUCAGCAUUAUCUCUCAUUAUGCUACUAAAAUUGGGAGAAAUGAAUACAGUUCCAUGGAAUAGGGAAACAAGGAUAAAAUAACGCUCAGGCAUUCUAACAUAUCAAGGAAAAGGUAUCUGGUCACAUGGAGUACACCUGUAAAGUUUGAAGUCUAGCCAGAGGAUCUUCAGCUAAUAAAUUGAUGGGCUUAAUCUGAGAUUUUUUUCUCUACAACCUGGUUAGUCAGGUCUGUACAUAGACGGCCCAGAUUGCAUGGGGGUUGUAAAUAUGUAAAUGAAAUUUUUUCUUCAAGAUUUUUUUCGUCUAAAUCUUAUUAUAUAAUAUAAACCUCAGUUUGGAAUUAAGAACUAAACAUUGAUUUGUCCAACAAAUACAGUUUGUACUUUUUCAUCGUAUUUUUCAAUCACAGGAAACAUGCCCUUAUAAUGACCAGAGGUACGAUUCUGUUACAUAUGUUGUUAUUUUUGUUACUUUUCCAGACUUUUGCUUGUAAAAUAAAGUUUUUUUCUUAAACUAGUUAAUGUUUGGGUGGGGCAGUAGCAAAAUCACCCUGAUUUAUGGAAGCUUACUCCAUUAGAGUAACCCACCUUAUUACUGACUCCAGUUUUUCUUAUCUGAUUAUACUAAUUCUUUUCUUUCUGAUUCAUGACAGCUAAUUUUUUUUCUUUUGUUCUUUCCUCUGUUGUUAUUGACCCUGACCAUCUUACCUAAGACCCAAACUAUUGCCCUGUGCUCAAAGACCAUUUUCUUUUUCUCAUUUCCAGCCCCUAGGGAGUAGGGUUCCUUGGUCUUACUGGUAAAAAACAGUUCCUAUAGGAGAAGAAAACCAAACCAAAACAAACUUCUAUAUUGAUGAAUAGUUUCUGUAUCUCUUAAGUAUGGUAUUAAGACUCAUUUGAAUUAUGGGUUAGAUAGACUUCUGUGAGCUUAACCUGGAAACGGAACUACAAUCUAUAACUUAGGCCCAAUGAGAAACUAUUUCAACCAACAAAUUUACAAACCAAUUUAGAGAUUUUAUUUUUAACAGGGACUAUUUGAAGUAAGAUUCCUGUUUUCAGCUAGUUUUCUCUUUUUUGCCUUUGGUCUGUAUAAUAUAUAUUAAAUAUAUAUCAUUAGAAUGUGUGUUUUAGAUAGACAGUAGCAAAAGGCCAGUGCCUUAACAAAGCACAGCAAUCAUAUAUUUAUUAAUAAGUACAUAUUUAUUAAUGAAGGCCCUAAUUUUAAGUUCCUUAUAAAAUUAAAUAAUGAUUUACAAAUAAUUCACAUAAGAAUAUAUUUUGACAUUGGGAUUCUGCCUGCCCAAGAAAUGGACAGAUUUGCUUUACCUGUGGAAAUAUAAACAAAUUUUCCAAAGCCAGCUCACUAACAAAGCAAGAAAAUUAUAUUAAACCAACAAUGAGGAGAUUUGACAAUGCAAAUGUGAACUGACAUCUAAAUAACAAUAGGUACAAUUUUUUUUCUUCCUUUUGGUUAAACAUAUAUCCUUUAUAUGCUAUGAUAGAUUUCAUAUACAUACUCAAACACACACAUAUAAAUAAUGUCCUGAAUAAUAUAUUCUGGGAGUGAACCUCUUGUCUUUCCAGUUUAGUCAGUGCACUCACAAAGGAAAGAAAAAUUAAGGCACCUCUCCCAAGGCAAAUACAAUAUUUUUUACAUUAACUAGUAGUAAAUUUUACCCUCUGUUUCACAUGCUCUCCUUAGUCUAAACGUUUUGUCAUUGUUUGCCUUUUUUAUAUGUAUAUAAAAUAUGUUUGUGGGGGUAUUUGUUGUUGUUGUUCAUUAUUUUUUUUCCACCUAUAACAGAGCACUUGGAAAGAAACAUACUUGCCUCCAUAAAGUGCUAGUUCUUUCCCUAACUCCAGUGUCAUAGGUAGAAAGCAAGAGUUGGAGAUUUCUAUGAGUGUGGAAACCGUGGGUGGCAAGAACAUCAGUGAAGGUGCUUUUGUGCUUCAAUGUUUGUUUUCUUUUGCUAAUGGUUUUAUCCCCCCUCAGUUCUUCAUAUAUCUUCAGGAACUCAGGGUCCAAGGAGUCAGCAAAAAUAUACAUAUGGUCUUCAGCAAUGUGGACUUUAUUGCCAUUGGCUCAUUUGUAAUAGUCCAGGUCAAUAAAGUGAUAAAUGCUUAUUUAAGAAUGGGUGUCUUAUAUUUUAAAACAAAGG